AUGGAUGCACAAUACCCCUUUGCGUCUCGGGAAGAUAUCUGGCGCGUGUUCGAGGAAGUCAAGGGCUUGUACUCGACCCAGCUCGAACACAGCGAGCGGAUUACGAGGCUGGAACGUCGCAGGGAGGAUGAUAUGAGGCUGAAGAGUGUCUGGGGUCCGUUAUCACAGUUUCCUAGUGCAAUAGGCGGAUCUUUGACAGAGCCAUCUUAUACCCCCACCGUGGAUGCCUUUAAAGGAUUCGACCAAGGGCACCAUCACGGCGGCAUAAUGGGUAACAUGGGUUUAGAGAAUGAAGAGGAGCCCAGGCGUGGCGCGUCGAGAGCAAACAGCGUCCGCUUCGACGAAAGCGCAAUACAUGGAUACUAUGACCAGGUCAACCGCUCAACAAGUGAGCUACCUCUGCGCACAGGUAGCGGCAUGAGCAGCCACCCGCUCACCGAGCGAUCCCUCUCUCAUCGGUCUGAUGGCCGCCAGAGCUCAUCUGGACACUCGCAUCAUUCAGCUCGAACUAGCAGCAUAGGCACCGAUGCCGCGCGACUGGUUGGUUCUGGUGGCGGAUCUCCCGCGAGCUCUAUAAUGCCUCCUCCAGGAUUGUUUCUGCUUGGCCCGGUGCCAUGCAUCAUACGAUGCUGGCUGACAUCUACGUUCUCAAAUGACUCUUUGCUUUACGCUGCUAUCUGCUCUGGCUCGUAUACAUCGUUUCUCGGUUCUGGGCUGGUUGAAAAACUCGGGUUUGAAGAUCAGGUCACGGUCGAAAACGGGUUUCGCGUUGUUAAGCUGCCUCUUUACCUCCCAGAAGCCAGUAUACACCAGACGUCUUCUCGCACCGGUAGCCCGACGCCUCAGUUGCCCACCGUGACUAUUCGAUUUACCGUACGGGGCACAGACCCGGAUGACAAGAGCAUUCAAAUUGUCAUUGGAAGCGACGUCCUCCGCACCCAGAACGCCGACAUCCUCUUUUCGCAAGACAAGAUAAUCAUGGCAGAUGACGACCGGAAUAAGGUUUCCGUUCCUCUCGUUCGGCCUGAAAACGACUGUGUGUUCAAGUCCUUGUCUACGGGAUCAGAUAACCCCAUGGAAGGCUUUCCCAACACGGGUGAAUUUGAUUCUGGAGAUACGUCCAGCAAACGCGGACUGGGCGUUAUCCAGCCACUCGAUUCGCAGCCUCACGAGGCCACCUCUGUAGAAAUAGAACAGCAUGGUGCUGAACCCAGCCAGCACCGGCUCAGUUCAGCAGGUGACGGGCACUCUGAACCCGACAUACAAGCGUCAAAAGAACAACCACAAGCCUCAACCGAUCACAGUUCUCAUAAUAAUCACUCACACACAACAACAAAAGUAGAAAAUGGGGGUGUAUGGGGAACCUGGCGGCGAGAAACACGAGCAGACGGAAGCGCAGUCGGCAUGGCCAAAGCAUCGCGGGGUCGCGCAAUGAAGGUUCUACGCCCGUCCAAGUCGUCUUCACGAGGGCCGUCGUUGUCGUCGUCGUCUGCUGCCGUGCCUGCAUCUGACACUGCUGCUGCUGCUAUCCCUACCUCAUCCCCAGGGACAGAAACCGCGGCGAUAACUUCAUCGGCAACCAGUGGCGGACCUGAUCUCGUGCAUCCAACACCGAGCCGGAGCACCAGUUUCAAAUCAGGCGAUGGGCCCUGGCCAAGCAAGAACCGAGGAGUCAGCAAUCCUAUCGGCGGAGCGUCGGCAUUUGGCUGGCUCAACCCACCAUCCUAG